AUGCCUAUGCGCGACGGUAUCAAGAUUUACGCUGACAUCUUCCGCCCGGCAAAUACGGACGCGGAUGAAAAAGUCCCUGCAAUCCUCGCGUUUAGCCCAUAUGGCAAGACGGGUACUGGUGUACCCAACUACGAUAUCAUGGGGCCCCAUCGUAUUGGCCUUAAGCUUGAGGAUACGUCCGGAUAUGAAAAGUUUGAGGGCCCUGACCCUGCGACUUGGAUGCAGUAUGGAUAUGCCAUAAUCAAUGUUGAUGCCAGAGGCGCAGGGAAAUCUGAAGGUGACGUGGUCUUCUACGGGCCGCAGGAGGCAGAAGAUGUCUAUGAUACCAUCGACUAUAUUUCUAAGCAGUCAUGGUGCAGCGGUUCGGUGGGAAUGGCCGGUAACUCGUGGUUAGCCAUCACGCAAAUCAACUUCGCGUCGCGUCAUGAGCAUCCAGCACUUAAAGCUUUGGCCCCCUGGGAAGGUCGACACGACAUGUAUCGAGAUACUCUCGGGAGGGGGGGUAGAAAACAUAACCCUGGCCUACACAGGUUUCUUUUAUCUGGCUUUGCUGGUCCAAACUCAGUAGAAAAUAUGCCAGAGAUGUUCGCCAAACGGCCCUUUUUUGACGAUUACUGGGAAAGCAAGUAUAUACAUACAGAGAACAUCAAUGUCCCAAUCUACCUGCUGGCCUCUUUCUCCUCCCAACUCCAUACUCGAGGAUCUUUCCAUACUUUCCGCACAGCCAAGACAUCACAAAAGUGGCUUCGAGUCCAUCGCUAUCAAGAAUGGUACGACUUAUAUCGGCCAGAGGCAAAUGAGGAUCUUAAAAAGUUCUACGACCGAUACUUGAAAGGCUUCAAAAACGGUUGGGAAAAGGAUACUCCUCCUGUUCGCUUAUCUCUUCUUGGAUUCGAAGCGGAUGGUAGUCUCACCAAUUCUAUCGAAGAAAGGCCAGAGCAGGAGUGGCCCUUGGCCCGACAACAGCUCAAGACAUUAUACCUUGAUUCCACAUUGAAACAGCUCGUAUGGGAUAAGCCAGCCAUAGAGGGGUCAACCACGCACCUUGCCGAAGGUCUAACGGAUAGCUCAAAUUUUAUGAUCCAAUUUCAGCAACAAACGGAAAUUGCUGGUUAUGCAAAGGUCAAACUCUGGAUAUCGUGUAAAGAGCAUGAUGACCUUGACGUCGCAGUUCAGAUCCGCAAAAUUUCGGCAGACGGCAGAUUACUCGAACAUCUCAAUUACCCUUGCCCGGUACCGGUCUCUGAAGUCAGAAAUGACAACAUCGCAAAGUGCCUUGGUCCUCAGGGUUUUCUUCGCGCUUCACACCGAGUUACUAAGGAUAUGGAGUUAUCAACAGCCCAAGAGGUAGUCUAUAAACAUAAUAGGCGGGAACCAAUUCCGAUGGGUAAAAUUGUGGAUUUAGAAAUUACUCUAUGGCCGAUGGGCAUGGUAUUUGCGCCGGGUGAGGGCAUUAUGCUGCGUGUGGCAGGGUAUGAUAUGUGCUAUCCUGAUACAGACAGGAUAAAGCCGUCAUAUAAUAACAACGAGAAUGUUGGUAAUCAUACAAUUUACACUGGUGGGAAAUACGACUCCCAACUAAUCCUGCCAUUUAUUUAG